UUUGGUUCCUCGGCCUCCCCUCCCUCCAACCCAGUCGCUUCUCCCCCGCGAAUUCCUCCAUUCCCGAGCGAGCGAGAUGGCAAUGGCGUCGGCGCUCCGUAGGCUCUCUUCCUCCGCCGCAAAGACGCAGCCUUUCCUGCGGACCUCUCUCUGCUAUAUGUCUUCCUUACCGAGUGAAGCCGUCUACGAGAAGGAGGUUCGCGUUUCGUGGCCAAAGCAGCUGAACGCCCCGUUGGAGGUCGUCGACCCGGAAAUUGCGGAUAUCAUUGAGCUCGAAAAGGCGAGGCAAUGCAAGGGGCUUGAGCUCAUACCUUCGGAGAAUUUCACGUCUGUGUCGGUGAUGCAAGCGGUUGGAUCCGUCAUGACUAACAAAUACAGUGAGGGGUAUCCCGGUGCAAGAUACUAUGGUGGAAACGAAUAUAUCGACAUGGCAGAAUCAUUGUGUCAGAAGCGUGCGCUUGAAGCUUUUCAUUUGGAUCCUGCAAAAUGGGGAGUGAAUGUGCAGUCUUUGUCUGGAUCACCUGCUAAUUUUCAAGUAUAUACUGCACUCCUGAAGCCACAUGAGAGGAUAAUGGCUCUUGAUCUGCCUCAUGGUGGACAUCUUUCUCAUGGCUACCAGACUGAUACCAAGAAAAUCUCUGCAGUAUCCAUAUUCUUUGAGACAAUGCCAUAUAGGUUGAAUGAGAGUACUGGAUACAUUGAUUACGACCAGCUCGAGAAAAGUGCUACAUUAUUCAGGCCAAAAUUAAUAGUCGCUGGAGCAAGUGCAUAUGCUCGUCUUUAUGACUAUGCACGGAUUAGGAAGGUAUGUGACAAGCAGAAAGCUAUCCUUCUGGCAGACAUGGCACACAUAAGUGGACUUGUCGCCGGUGGUGUUAUUCCAUCUCCAUUUGAUUAUGCGGAUGUUGUCACAACAACAACUCACAAGUCACUCCGUGGGCCACGUGGAGCCAUGAUAUUUUUCAGGAAAGGAGUGAAGGAGAUCAACAAACAAGGGAAAGAGGUUAUGUAUGACUUUGAAGAGAAAAUCAAUGCAGCAGUCUUCCCUGGACUUCAAGGUGGUCCACACAACCAUACCAUUGCUGGCUUGGCUGUUGCACUCAAACAGGCCACCACCGCAGAGUACAAGGCCUAUCAAGAGCAAGUACUCAGUAAUUGUGCAAGAUUUGCUCAGUGCUUGAUUGAGAAAGGCUAUGAGCUUGUUUCAGGCGGAACAGAGAACCAUUUAGUCUUGGUAAAUCUCAAGAACAAGGGAAUUGACGGGUCUAGAGUUGAAAAGGUGCUGGAAUUAGUUCACAUUGCAGCUAACAAGAAUACUGUACCUGGUGAUGUGUCUGCCAUGGUUCCUGGAGGCAUCAGGAUGGGAACCCCAGCCCUUACAUCAAGAGGAUUUGUUGAAGAAGAUUUCGCUAAAGUUGCUCACUUUUUUGACACUGCUGUUAAAUUGGCAUUGAAGACCAAGGCUGAAACCAAAGGUGGAUCAAAGCUGAAGGACUUCCUAGCCACCAUUCAAACGGAUGCUAAUAUUCAAUCUGAGAUCGCAAAGCUCCGUCAUGAGGUGGAGGAGUAUGCAAAGCAGUUCCCAACAAUUGGAUUUGAGAAGGAAACGAUGAAAUACAAAAACUGAAGCUGAACCAGUGGCUGUAAAAGCAAGAAAACAGAAGCUGUGUUGCAUAGGGGCCUCCCAGCAAAUGGUUAUUUAUGAUGUCAAAUCUGUAUCAAAACUAUGAGAAAAGCAUAAUUACAUCCUAUGAGAAGGUGAAUCCUUAAACAGUGUCUAUUACUUUUGAGAUGUACAUAUAACUCAUGCAAUAAUCAUCAGGACAAGUGCAUUGCAGCC